AGAGCCAAUAGGAAUGAGCCACGACUGAAUGUGUUGAAUCUUAUUGUCUAGAGUUUACCGAGUAAGUUAUCAUUUGAUGAAUUUCAACGAAUCUAUUUUAUACUGUGUUUAGUAAAUUGAAAUUGUCAACUCAUUUUUUAUUAUAAUUACAAUUGAACGUAUACAACUGUGUUUAAUUUGAUUGUGAUUGUCUUUUCUCUUAAAUCAAUUUUUUGAUUCUUUUUAUUUAUAAUUGUCACAAUCCACAAGAUGUUUCACUAUAAAUCUGGUUCAAUGAGGGUUAUGCCCCUCUUUUUAAUUUUUGGUCUUUUGGUUACUUUCGAAUCGAUUAGUGCAAAAGAAAAGGAUGCAAAGGAUGCCAAAGACAGUGUUGGUACAGUUAUUGGUAUCGAUUUGGGUACCACUUAUUCCUGUGUAGGUGUUUUCAAAAAUGGUCGCGUCGAAAUUAUUGCCAAUGACCAAGGUAACCGUAUCACUCCCAGUUAUGUAGCAUUUACACCAGAAGGUGAAAGAUUAAUUGGUGAUGCUGCCAAAAAUCAGUUGACUUCUAACCCUGAAAACACCGUUUUCGAUGCCAAGCGUCUUAUCGGUCGUGAAUGGAGUGACCCCACAGUUCAAUCUGAUAUCAAACAUUUUCCAUUCAAAGUCUUGGAUAAAAACAGCAAGCCUCACAUUCAGGUAAAAACCGGUCAAGGCGAUAAAACCUUCGCUCCAGAAGAGAUUAGUGCAAUGGUUUUGAUCAAGAUGAAAGAGACAGCUGAAGCAUAUCUUGGUAAAAAAGUUACUCAUGCUGUCGUCACCGUUCCAGCUUAUUUCAAUGAUGCUCAGCGUCAAGCUACCAAAGAUGCCGGUACCAUUGCUGGUCUAAACGUUAUGCGUAUUAUCAAUGAACCUACAGCUGCUGCCAUUGCUUACGGUCUUGACAAGAAAGAGAGUGAGAAGAACAUUUUGGUCUUCGAUCUUGGAGGAGGUACUUUCGAUGUCUCAUUACUUACCAUCGAUCAAGGAGUUUUCGAAGUCGUUGCUACUAAUGGUGACACUCAUCUUGGUGGUGAAGAUUUCGAUCAAAGAGUUAUGGAUCACUUCAUUAAAUUAUACAAAAAGAAGACCGGCAAAGAUAUCCGAAGUGAUAACCGAGCUGUUCAAAAACUCAGGCGAGAGGUUGAAAAAGCUAAGCGAACUCUUUCAUCUGCUCAUCAAGCAAGAAUUGAAAUUGAAUCAUUCUUUGAGGGCGAAGAUUUCAGCGAAGUUUUGACUCGAGCUAAAUUCGAAGAAUUGAAUAUGGACUUAUUCAAAUCUACUCUUAAACCAGUCCAAAAAGUAUUAGAUGAUUCCGAUUUACAAAAGAAAGAUAUUGAUGAAAUUGUUCUUGUCGGUGGUUCAACCCGUAUUCCUAAAAUCCAGCAACUUGUUAAAGAAUUCUUCAAUGGAAAGGAGCCUACUCGGGGCAUUAACCCUGAUGAAGCUGUUGCCUACGGUGCUGCCGUUCAAGCUGGAGUCUUAUCCGGUGAAGAAGAUACCGGUGAUCUUGUUUUACUUGAUGUUAAUCCUCUUACUAUGGGUAUUGAAACUGUUGGUGGUGUCAUGACCAAAUUGAUUCCUCGUAAUACUGUUAUCCCCACCAAAAAAUCUCAAAUUUUCUCUACUGCCUCCGAUAAUCAAAACACUGUUACCAUCCAAGUUUAUGAAGGUGAACGACCUUUAACCAAAGAUAACCAUCUUCUUGGUAAAUUUGAUUUAACUGGUAUCCCUCCAGCUCCUCGAGGAAUCCCUCAAAUCGAAGUUACUUUUGAAAUUGAUGUAAACGGUAUCCUUAAAGUAUCUGCUGAAGACAAAGGUACUGGUAACAAGGAAAAGAUUACCAUUACAAAUGAUCACAAUCGAUUAUCUCCUGAUGAUAUUGAGAAAAUGAUUAAGGAUGCAGAAAAGUUCGCAGAUGAAGAUAAACGUAUUAAGGAAAAAGUUGAGGCCAAAAAUGAACUCGAGUCUUAUGCAUACUCACUCAAAAAUCAAAUCGGAGACAAGGAAAAGCUUGGUGCUAAGCUUACUGAUGAUGAUAAAACCAAGAUUGAAGAAUCUCUUGAUGCCGCUAUUAAGUGGCUUGAUGCUAAUGGUGAAUCAGCCGAUACAUCAGAACUUAAAGCUAAAAAGAAGGAAUUAGAAGAUUCUGUUCAACCUAUUAUUGCUAAACUUUAUGCUAGUGGUGCAGGACCAACUCCCGGUGGCGGACCCGAAGCCGACAGUAAAGAUGAAUUAUAGGAAGAAAAACUUAAUUUAUACUAGUAAAAUGAUUAUUUUGUAAAUAUUGAAACAAAAAAAAUCCACUUUUGAUUUACAUUUAAA